CUUCCAUUCUAUUGACUACCAAAAUUAGCCUAGAAUUCCAUCCGGUGCCAACCUCUAUCCCCCGGUAGCGUUGAACAGAGUUCCUCCAGUGAGAUCUGAUUCCAGGUUCUUGAAUCCUCGAAUGGAUGAAGAGAAAGGAACUCUGGUGGAGGAGCUGAUCGAUGCAGUGAACGAGAUAGCUUCAAUCACGGAUUACCGAUGUACGGUCAAGAAGCAGUACUGCAAUCUUGCCAGGAGGUUGAAGCUGUUGAUACCAAUGUUCGAGGAGAUUCGAGAGAGCAAGGAGCCGAUUCCCGAAGAUACUGCGAAAGCUCUGUUUUCCUUGAAGGAUGCUCUGUUCUCUGCUAAGGAGUUGCUCAGAUUUGGCAGUGAAGGAAGCAAGAUUUAUCUGGUCCUAGAGAGGGAGCAGCUUAUGCAUAAAUUUCAUGAAGUGACAGCCCAAUUAGAACAAGCUUUGAGUGGAAUUUCCUAUCAGAAUCUUGACAUAUCAGAUGAAGUUAAAGAACAGGUUGAGCUCGUUUUAGCACAGUUCAGAAGAGCUAAAGGAAGGGUUGACCCUUCUGAUGAUGAGCUAUAUGAGGACCUAAUAUCUCUUUAUGACAAAAGCAAUGAUUCAGCAACAGAUCCAGCUGUAUUAAGGAGAUUGGCUGAAAAAUUGCAAUUAAUCGGGAUAGCAGAGCUCACACAAGAGUCACUAGCUCUGCAUGAGAUGGUUUCUGCCACUGGUGGAGACCCUGGGGAAAGCAUUGAGAAGAUGUCAAACUUGUUGAAAAAAAUUAAGGAUUAUGUGCAAACAGAAUACCCUGAUAUGGAUGCUCCUGCUAGGGAAAAGAAUCAUCCUCCAAAUACCAGGGGACAAGCUACCUUGGGUGGGAAUCACAAGGCCGCAGUUAUACCUGAUGAUUUCCGCUGUCCAAUAUCCUUGGAGUUAAUGAAGGAUCCAGUCAUUGUUUCAACAGGGCAGACUUAUGAGCGGUCCUGCAUUGAAAAAUGGCUGGAAGCAGGACAUGGGACAUGUCCAAAGACACAACAAGCACUCACCAGCACUGCUCUCACACCCAAUUAUGUUUUGCGAAGUCUCAUAGCUCAGUGGUGUGAGACAAAUGGAAUUGAACCACCCAAAAGACCCAGUAGUUCUCGACCCAGUAAAAUGACAUCUGCCCGGUCACCUGCUGAACGUGCCAAGAUUGAGACUCUCCUUCACAAGCUCACAUCUGGCAACCCAGAGGACCAACUAUCAGCUGCAGGUGAAAUCCGGCUUCUUGCCAAGCGCAAUGCAGAUAACCGUGUGGCAAUUGCUGAAGCUGGUGCAAUCCCUCUCCUGGUGGGACUUCUUUCAACACCUGACUCACGAAUUCAAGAGCAUGCUGUAACUGCACUUCUUAACCUAUCCAUAUGUGAAGAUAACAAAGGGAGUAUCAUAUCCUCUGGAGCAGUUCCUGGUAUAGUUCAAGUGCUUAAGAAAGGGAGCAUGGAAGCCAGAGAGAAUGCAGCGGCCACUCUUUUCAGUCUUUCAGUUGUGGAUGAAAAUAAGGUGACAAUUGGUGCUUCAGGAGCAAUCCCACCUCUGGUUACACUGCUAAGCGAAGGUACACAAAGGGGGAAAAAGGAUGCAGCAACGGCACUCUUCAACUUGUGCAUAUAUCUAGGGAACAAGGGUAAGGCAGUCAGAGCUGGAGUUGUUCCAACACUAAUGCGUCUAUUGACAGAACCUGGAGGUGGAAUGGUGGAUGAAGCACUGGCCAUAUUAGCAAUACUUGCUAGCCACCCAGAAGGGAAGACAGCCAUUGGAGCAGCAGAGGCAGUACCAGUUUUGGUAGAUGUCAUUGGAAAUGGAUCUCCUAGAAAUAAAGAAAAUGCAGCUGCAGUUUUGGUGCACCUUUGUUCUGGAGUUCAACAACAUUUGGCAGAAGCUCAGGAAUUAGGAGUGAUGGGUCCUUUGGUGGAUUUGGCACAGAAUGGCACGGACAGGGGCAAGAGGAAAGCUGCUCAAUUGCUUGAGCGUAUGAGCAGGUUCAUUGAGCAGCAAAAGCUGGCUCAGGCACAGGCUGAGGCUCAAGUUGAAUCUCAAUCCCAGUCCCAGUCACAGCCUCAGACCCAACAGCCCCGGCCAUCUUCCACAGCAAAUACUGUCGAUAGCUGAGGUUGUUUUUGUUUCUUUCUUUGGUUACCUUGUUUCGUUUUUUGCAUUUAAGGAGGCAGCUUUUGCUUCAGAAGGGGAGGUGGAAGAUCACCUUCUCCAAUACGUAAGUUAUUCAUUUGAUUGUAUGGAUGGAUAUGUAAUUUCUAGAACCAUCAAAAGGCUUUAAAAGAAAGAGAAGGAAGAGAAAAGAGCCAAAGUUGUACCUUAGAUGUAUGUGAAAUUGUCCCAUUGUAACAUUUAUUACUGUAAUCAUCCUCUUUUUUUAGUGGAGAGAUGUUUCCAAAACAAAGACACUAGCUUUACCAGUAUGAUUAUAUCAGCUCCUUGUACAAGUAAACACAAUAUUACCAU